GCAUCGAAAGAGGGGGGGAGGAGAGAGAGAGAGAGAGAGAGAGAGAGAGAGAGAGAAAGAGAGAGGCAGACGAGAGGCUCUCCGAAGAGAAGGACGACCAGCCUCUAGAGGCUCAUCUCUUCUCCUCCAAGCCUUCUCCUUUGCCUCUCAAAAACCUUGUACCAAAACUUUCUCAAACUCCGUGAAGAAAAAGGCAGGGGAAGGGGGAGAGGAGGGCUUUUUGUUUAGUUUCUAUGAUGGCGAGUUCGGUUCUAUCUGAAUGCUGUGGUAUAAGACCGCUGCCGGCGUAUUUCUCCCGGCCCAAAUCCAGGCUCCAGCCGCCGCGGAGGAGCCUACCCUGUCCGGCCGUGCGCGGCAUGGAUUUCCGCCGCCAGAUCUGCCUCGGAGGCCGGGCGCCCCAACGGGACUGGGCGCUGAGGGUGAGCGCGCCGCUGAGGGUGGCGACGGUGGAGGAGGAGAGGGAAGGAGGGGAGGUUAGCGGGAAACGGGUGAAUGGGUGUGAGGGAGAGGAGCCGGAGUUCGACCCGGGGAUGCCGCCGCCGUUUGGGCUGGCGGAGAUCCGGGCCGCCAUCCCCAAGCACUGCUGGGUGAAGGAUUCAUGGAAAUCUAUGAGUUACGUCGUCCGAGAUGUGGUCGCCGUGUUCGGGCUCGCGGCCGCCGCCGCCUACCUCAACAACUGGAUGGUGUGGCCGCUCUACUGGGCGGCUCAGGGCACCAUGUUCUGGGCUCUCUUCGUUCUCGGCCACGAUUGUGGGCAUGGAAGCUUUUCAAGCAAUCCGAAGCUGAACAGCGUGGUUGGGCAUUUGCUCCAUUCCUCCAUUCUCGUGCCUUACCAUGGCUGGAGGAUUAGUCACAGGACUCAUCACCAGAACCAUGGGCACGUCGAGAAUGACGAGUCGUGGCAUCCUAUACCAGAGAAGUUAUAUAGAAGUCUGGAUUCUGCAACUCGGAUUUUGCGGUUCACAUUGCCUUUCCCAAUGCUUGCAUACCCCUUGUACCUGUGGACAAGGAGUCCAGGGAAGAAAGGUUCACACUUCCAUCCGGGUAGCGAUCUAUUUCUUCCAAAUGAGAGGAAGGAUGUGAUAACGUCGACGGCGUGCUGGUCAGCAAUGCUGGUGGCGCUUGCAGGAUUAACAUGGAAAUUUGGCCUUGUUCCAAUGAUAAAGCUGUAUGGAAUUCCCUACUGGAUAUUUGUCAUGUGGUUGGAUUUUGUGACAUACUUGCAUCAUCAUGGGCAUGAUGAGAAACUUCCUUGGUAUCGCGGAAAGGCGUGGAGUUAUCUGCGCGGAGGGCUGACAACAUUAGAUCGGGAUUAUGGAUGGAUCAAUAACAUCCACCAUGAUAUUGGGACUCAUGUGAUACAUCACCUCUUCCCACAGAUACCACAUUACCAUUUAGUAGAAGCUACUGAGGCAGCGAGGCCGGUGCUUGGAAAGUACUACAGGGAACCUGAGAAAUCUGGUCCUUUUCCAUUUCACCUAUUUGGUGUCCUUGCGAAGAGCUUGAGAGACAAUCGCUACGUUGGGGAUACUGGAGAUGUCGUGUACUAUCAGAAUGAUAGUCAAAUGAAUAGUUUUUCACAGAAGAACUCAGAUUGAAACUUAGUUCGCAUGCAUCUGAAAAUUUCAGAUUCACAACUGUUCGAAUCGUCAGCUUUCCUCAACCAGAAUUUUUGCACACGCCUUUUUAGGGCCCUAGUAUCCAUUCUUUUCUCUUCCAGCUAGAAGGGAGGAGAUUGCAGAUUGACAUGAAACUUGUCCUCAAAUGAAUUUGUUAUGAUAUGUAAUCAAACAUGAAUUUUUGUAUGUAUUAAGCUGCUCGGGAGUAUCAUCUCAGCAUAGCGAAGCUAUAAUUGUUUUAGGUGAAAAUCUCAAGUAAUCAAAGAGAAAAAGGUGGAAAAAAGAAUACUGUCUGACUGCUGGUAA